AUGGCAUCGGCGGAGGAAGUUCAGAAAGCGCAGCGCGCUCGAGGUCCAGCAAUGGUUCUAGCCAUUGGCACUGCAGUUCCUGUAAAUUGUUUCUACCAGGCUGACUAUCCUGAUUACUUCUUUCGAGUCACCAACACCGAGAACUUAACUGAGCUAAAAGAGAAGUUCGAGCGCAUAUGUCAAAAAUCAAAGAUCAAGAAACGUUACAUGCAUCUGACGGAAGAAAUGAUCAAAGAAAACCCUGAAAUUGGUACCUAA